ACAGAGGGAUAGUAUAAGAAUGUAAUGAAAGUUAGGAUGAAACAAUGAAUUUGGUCAAAAGCUCAAACUCUACGUAUAUAAAAAAAGCACUCGCUGGAUUUUUGCCCGUCUUCUACAGGUCAACUAUUAAUUCAAACUUCCAUACAUACAUUAAUAUAGCCAAACACAACCUACAUUCUCUCUUAGUUUUCAUAAAAUAAAAUAAAAAAAUGGGGGUUGAUUACUAUAAGACACUGAAAGUAUCACCAAAUGCAACUGAAGAAGAUUUAAAGAAAUCAUACGAGAGAUUAGCGAUGAGGUGGCAUCCAGAUAAGAAUAAUGGUGAGAACAAGAAAGAAGCUGAAUUGAAAUUCAAGCAAAUAUCUGAAGCAUAUGAUGUACUUAGUGAUCCACAAAAGAGACAGAUCUAUGAUAUAUAUGGUGAUGAAGCAUUAAAAUCAGGUCAAUUUGAUCCAUCAUCACCUAUGAAUGUUGAUGCUGAAGAUAUAUUUGCGGAGUUUUUUGGUGGAUCAGAUGGGUAUAGUGGUAGUAGUGAUAGCGUGAGAGGUAAGAAAGCAAAAGAUACUUUUGCGGAGUUUUUUGCUGGAUCUGAUGGGCAUAGUGGUAGUAGUGAUAGCGUGAGAGGUAAGAAAGCAAAAGAUACUUUUGCGGAGUUUUUUGGUGGAUCAGAUGGUUAUAGUGGUAGUAGUGAUAGCGUGAGGGCUAAGAAAGCUAAAGAUGUUUUUGCGGAGUUUUUUGGUGGAUCGGAUGGGCAUAGUGGUAGUAGUGAUAGCGUGAGAGGUAAGAAAGCAAAAGAUACUUUUGCGGAGUUUUUUAGUGGAUCAGAUGGUUAUAGUGGUAGUAGUGAUAGCGUGAGGGCUAAGAAAGCUAAAGAUGUUUUUGCGGAGUUUUUUGGUGGAUCGGAUGGGCAUAGUGGUAGUAGUGAUAGCGUGAGAGGUAAGAAAGCAAAAGAUACUUUUGCGGAGUUUUUUAGUGGAUCGGAUGGGUAUAGUGGUAGUAGUGAUAGCGUGAGAGGUAAGAAAGCAAAAGAUACUUUUGCGGAGUUUUUUGGUGGAUCAGAUGGUUAUAGUGGUAGUAGUGAUAGCGUGAGGGCUAAGAAAGCUAAAGAUGUUUUUGCGGAGUUUUUUGGUGGAUCGGAUGGGCAUAGUGGUAGUAGUGAUAGCGUGAGAGGUAAGAAAGCAAAAGAUACUUUUGCGGAGUUUUUUAGUGGAUCGGAUGGGUAUAGUGGUAGUAGUGAUAGCGUGAGAGGUAAGAAAGCAAAAGAUACUUUUGCGGAGUUUUUUGGUGGAUCGGAUGGGUAUAGUGGUAGUAGUGAUAGCGUGAGGGUUAAGAAAGCUAAAGAUACUUUUGCGGAGUUUUUUGGUGGAUCGGAUGGGUAUAGUGGUAGUAGUGAUAGCGUGAGGGUUAAGAAAGCUAAAGAUACUUUUGCAGAGUUUUUUGGUGGAUCGGAUGGGUACAGUGGUAGUGUGAGGGUUAAGAAAGCUGAACCUAUUGAGAAUAAGUUGUUGUGUGGUUUGGAAGAGUUAUAUAAGGGUUCUAAGAGGAAAAUGAAGAUAUCAAGAAUUGUUCGUGAUGAUACUGGUAAGCCCACAACUAUUGAAGAGAUCUUGGCAAUACACAUUAAACCUGGUUGGAAGAAAGGCACAAAAAUCACUUUUCCAGAGAAAGGGAACCAUGAACCCGGAGCUGCACCUGGUGAUCUUACUUUUGUAAUAGAUGAAAAGCCACAUGAUGUUUUCAAGAGAGACGGGAAUGAUCUAGUGAUCAAUCAGAAAAUCUCAUUAGUAGAUGCUCUCGCUGGGAAAACUAUCUACUUGAUUACUUUGGAUGGAAGGGAACUCACAAUACCAAUUACAGAUGUCGUUAAACCAGGACAGGAGAAGAUAAUUUCAAAUGAAGGAAUGCCAAUAUCAAAAGAACCCGGAAAGAAAGGAAAUUUGAAGAUCAAGUUUGAGGUUAAAUUCCCGUAAAGGCUUAGUUCAGAUCAGCAUUUGGCAAUUAACAUAUUUGUUGGUUUUUUGGCAUUGUCAUUAUGCCAAUUCAGAAUUCAUGAUAUACAAAUGUGAUGCAAGUAUGCAAAUGUAAUGGAGUAGUAUUUUCGUGUGUGAGUGUGUGAGUAGCAAAUAGCUGGCAGCCUAAGUUAGUUAGCUAAGCUGGCAGAUUAGUUGACAGGCUGUUAGUGGAAGUAACCGACUGUAGCACUGGUGUAGUGGUGGUGAUUCUGGCAGCUGUAUACAGCUGUCAUAUACGCACCUCCUUAGUCCUCUAUAUAUACAUGAGAGGAUUCAGAAUUGAAAUGUAAUGUAGAUAUUUCUCUUGACAAUCAAUAAAGUUUUCUUCUCUCUAGAAUAAAGCUCUCAUGCUUCCAAUAAUUGAAUAACUGCAUUGCAGUAGAUUCCAUGUAUACUGCGUGUAUAUUACAGAUGAAUGUUGUUAGUUCAUGCUGUUAGAUUCAGAUUUUUUGUUUGCACAUUUUUGUUCAUACUGUAUUUGCUUUCUGUCCAGGUUUUGGCAUUUCAUUUUGCACCGUGUUAACCCAGAAGAAUGCGAAAGCUUUUAUGUUAGUAUUGAAAUUUGUGCAGGGUAACUUCAAUAUCAGCUACUAGUUAUGUAUACACUGCCCGCACACAUAGAGAGGGGAGGGGUCUUUGUUGAAUAGAGUAGUUGGAUUUGGAAGAGAGUGAUAUGAACACAACACAAGCAAGGCAUCUUCUUAUUCAAAACCAAUAUACAACAAUGACAAGGGCUAUCAUCACCCUUAUUGAAGUGAGGAAGAAAUAGUGCUUUCUUUUUGGUUUCUUAAGCUCUGUUUAUUUCAAUCUUUUUCUGCAGCCCAUCUUUAUCUGCUCCCACAUAUUACGUUGUGUUUUUAGCUUGGGCACAUUCAUUAAAAAAUCUACUCAUUCCUAGAAAGUGAAAAUAUGUUUUUAGUAAUUUGACCUUAAUUAGAUUAUACAUAUUUAAUAUAGUUUCUUCAACAACAACAACAUACCCAGUAUAAUUCCACAAAGUAGGGUCUGAGAAGGGUGAGGUGUGUGGGCAUUAAUCAUUAAUGAAUGAAAAUGCAAAGUAAAAAGUUUGAUAGUGAUUUAUUUAUACAAUAUUUGGAAGAGCUGUGGAAUCUUGGGGAGUGACCGGCCUUAACGAUUUGCACCUGAGUUGGGCUGAAAUCGCUUUCAAGGCAGUAGAUUGUGUCAUGUCGCAACAUUAAUUCGAUAAGUUGAUUCUAUCCUUUUGUUCAAUUUUUUAUUGGUAUUGUUAAUAUUUCCAACAAGGUGUACACAGACCUUACCCCUACCUUUGUGGGGUAGAGAGGAUGUUUCCGAUGGACCCUCGGCUCAAGAAAAUCAUUUUGUAAGAUAAAAAGUUAAAGAUACCACUUAUUAUGAACCGGAGGGAGUAAUGUCUUCUUUGAAAAUUUUCAAAAUGAUUACCAAUUUGUUUGUUUCUUUCAAUGAAUCAAAAUGGAGCUUCCAUGUUGCUGAGGAAUGGAAACGUAUGACUUGAUUCUUCAUGGGUACUGACAGCGCAUUUGUUUGAUGCCAAGCAGAAGACUUGUUGGCACCCAUAUUUUCUCAAUAGUUUUGAAGCAAAGUUUUUUUUAAGUGGAAGAAAUCAACUUGGCUUGAUCUUGGGCUUACUAUUUGGCAGGGACCCUUUUUAUAUUUCUUGCUGAUGUGAGGGAAAAUCUUUUUCAAAUUGAAGCAGAAUAUGUUCUUUAGUCCUUAAUAAUC